AUGACCUUAUUAAAGAUACUUAACUAUAUUGAGCCGGUAGAGCCUGUAGCUGUGUUAACUCUCCGACCCACAAAAAAGCAGCAACGCAAAAAAGUUGUAUGGACGGAGGACACCGUCGACAAUGAACACAUGAACAAGAAAAAGUCUAAAUGUUGUUGUAUAUAUGAAAAACCGCGUCGUUUCGGCGAGUCCGACUCGGAAGAGAGUGACGACGAAUGCGAACAUUGUUUUGGACAUGUCGAGAAGAAACGGACUAAGCACAACACACACGUACAAGAGAAAACAGAACAACCUGAACCAACCACAUCUGUGACGUUAGAACCUUCGGAGCCCGCGCCGGCGCCGCCCGAUAAACCGCCCUCUGAUACUUAA